CACACAUUAAAAUAAAUAAAAAAAAAUGUCUAAAUUCACAAAAGGAACAUAAGGAGUAAAUAAAUUAGUAAAAUCAAAUUAAGGAGCUGCAAUAAAAAAGUAAGAGUCAGAUUCAGAUGAAUUGAGUGAUGUUCCUGCUCCUCCAAAAAAACAAUAAUAAAAAGUUCAAGUAGUAACAAAGGUGGUAGGAAAGGCACCAUAAGUAGAUUCAGAUGAAUAAGAUGAGCCAGUUAAAUUGGUAUAGACAGUAAAAAAAGGUAGUUUCGAUGCAACAAAGCCAAACACCACAAAUUAAAAUGUAGGUAAGUAAGUAUAAAAGAAGGGUGUAUAAGAAGAUGAUGAUUCUGAUGAUGGAGCACCAGCUCCAAAGAAAGUAGGAGUGGUUUAAAAAAAGCCUGUUAAAUAAUAGGAUUCAGAUGAUGAUUCAGAUGAUGUACCAACCCCACCAAAGAAAGUGACAGCUCCAGUAAAAACAGUAAGUAAACCAGGUGUUUAAACAAAAGUUCCAGUUAAACAAUAAGUAUAAUAAGAAGAUUCAGAUGAGGAAUCAGAUGAUGUCCCUCCUCCACCAAAAAAAGGUGCAGUUGUUGCUACAAAACAAGUUACAACUAAACCUGUUGUAUAAACUAAGGUUCCAGUUAAACCAUAAGUUUAAUAAGAAGAUUCAGAUGAAGAAUCUGAUGAUGUACCACCUCCUCCUAAAAAAGGAGCAACUGUUGUAGCUACAAAACCAUUAGCUAAACCAGUUGUUUAAACAAAGGUUUCAGUUAAACCAUAAGUAUAAUAAGAGGAUUCAGAUGAAGAUUCAGAUGAUGUACCUCCUCCUCCUAAAAAAGGAGCAGUUGUUGCUACAAAACCAUUAACUAAACCAGCUGUUUAAACUAAGGCUCCAGUUAAAUAAUAAGAUGAUUCUGAUGAGGAUUCAGAUGAUGUACCACCUCCUCCUCCUAAAAAAUAAGUAUAAUAAACUAAGGCUCCAUAAAAGACUUAAUAGAUUGAAUAAGAAGAUGAAGAUGAAGAUGAAGAUGAUGUUCCUUAACCACCAAAAGGAAGAUAAUAAUAAUAAUAAUAAUAAUAAUAAUAAUAAAAAUAAGGUUAAUAAGCUUAAUAAGGAUAAUAAGAUCAUGAAGUAUUUGUUAAAGGAUUAUCAUUUGAUGCUUCAGAAUAAGAUAUAAAAGAAUUCUUUAGUGAAUGCGGAACAAUAAAUAGUGUAAAUUUAUUAAAAGGACCAAAUGGAUAUUCAAAAGGAAUUGCAUUUGUUAGAUUUUCAACAGAAGAUGCUUAAAGUGCUGCAGUAGAAUAUAGUGGUUCAGAACAUAUGGGUAGAACAAUAGUAGUUGAAAAGACAAAACCAAGAGAUUAAAGACCAUAAUAAGGUGGUUAAUAAGGUGGUUCAGGUGAGAGUACAACUUGUUUUAUUGGAAAUUUAAGUUUUUAUGCUACAGAAGAUUCUUUAUAUCCAGUAUUUGAAGAUUGUGGAAAGAUUAAAGAAGUUAGAAUAGCAAAAGAUGCAGAAGGAAAGGUAUAAUAAUAAUAUUAAUAGAAUAGUCAAGAGGAUUUGGAUAUGUUGAAUUCUUUGAUAAUGAAUCAGCAUAAAAAGGAUUAUCUAAAACAGGAACAGAUGUAGAAGGUCGAGCUAUAAGAGUAGAUCUUGCAAAUUCAUCAUAAAGAAGUGGUGGUGGUAAUAGAGGUGAUAGAGGUGGAUUUGGAAAUAGAGGUGGAUUUGGUGAUAGAGGUGGUUUUGGAGGCAGAGGCCGUGGUGGUGAUAGAGGUGGUUUUGGUGGUAGAGGAUUCUCUAGAGGAGGAAGUAGAGGAAGAGGUGGUAAUCUAGAUGCUAAUGAUAUUGCUGCUAAAAAAGGAACUAUUGCUGGAUUUGCUGGUAAAAAAAUGGCUCUAUGAUUUAUAUUAUUAUUAUCAAUC